GAAUCUUCUUGAGAAGAGAAGGCUGUCAUGGAUCCAGUCCUGGUCCUGGUGCUCACUCUCUCCUGUCUGCUUCUUCUCUCACUGUGGAGACAGAGCUCUGGGAGAGGGAAGCUCCCUCCUGGCCCAACUCCUCUCCCAAUCAUUGGAAACAUCCUUCAGAUAGAUGUGAAGGACAUCAGCAAAUCCUUCACCAAUUUCUCAAAAAUUUAUGGCCCUGUGUUCACUCUGUACUUUGGUCCGAAGCCUACUGUGGUGGUACAUGGAUAUGAAGCAGUAAAGGAAGCCCUGGAUGAUCUUGGAGAGGAGUUUUCUGGGAGGGGUAGUUUCCCAAUUGUUGAAAGAAUGAAUAAUGGCCUUGGGGUCAUUUUCAGCAAUGGAACAAAAUGGAAGGAGCUUCGGCAUUUCUCACUUAUGACCUUGAGAAAUUUUGGGAUGGGGAAGAGGAGCAUCGAGGAUCGCAUUCAAGAGGAAGCCUCCUGUCUUGUGGAAGAGCUAAGAAAAACAAAUGGCUCACUCUGUGAUCCCACAUUCAUCCUGAGCUGUGCUCCCUCCAACGUGAUCUGCUCAGUUGUUUUCCAUAAUCGUUUUGAUUAUAAAGAUGAGAAUUUCCUUAACUUGAUGGAGAAACUCAAUGAAAACUUUAAAAUCUUGAACUCCCCAUGGAUGCAGGUUUGCAAUGCUCUCCCUGCCUUCAUCGAUUAUCUCCCAGGAAGCCAUAAUAGAGUAAUUAAAAAUUUUGCUGAAAUAAAAAGUUAUAUUUUGAGACGAGUGAAAGAACAUCAGGAAACACUGGACAUGGACAAUCCUCGGGACUUUAUUGACUGUUUCCUGAUCAAAAUGGAACAGGAAAAACACAAUCCCCGUACUGAGUUUACUAUUGAAAGCUUGAUGGCUACUGUAAGUGAUGUAUUUGUAGCUGGAUCAGAAACCACAAGCACUACCCUGAGAUAUGGACUCUUGCUCCUACUGAAACACACAGAGGUCACAGCUAAAGUCCAGGAAGAGAUUGAUCACGUGAUUGGCAGACACAGGAGGCCCUGCAUGCAGGACAGGACCCGCAUGCCCUACACAGAUGCGAUGGUGCACGAAAUCCAGAGAUAUAUUAACCUCAUCCCCAACAAUGUGCCCCAUGCAGCUACCUGUAAUGUUAGAUUCAGAAAUUAUGUAAUUCCCAAGGGCACGGACUUAGUAACAUCACUGACUUCUGUGCUACAUGAUGACAAAGAAUUUCCCAACCCAGAAGUAUUUGACCCAGGCCAUUUUCUGGAUGAGAAUGGGAACUUUAAGAAGAGUGACUACUUUAUGCCUUUCUCAACAGGAAAGCGAAUGUGCGUGGGAGAGGCCCUGGCUCGCAUGGAGCUGUUUUUGCUUCUGACCACCAUUGUACAGAAUUUUAACCUGAAAUCUUUUGUUGAUACAAAGGACAUUGACACUACUCCAAUGGCUAAUACCUUUGGCCGUGUACCACCUUCAUACCAGCUGUGCUUCAUUCCUCGUUAAAGCAGAGCACACUGGGCUGUUGCUAUGCUGGUGUCUGUGACUAAUCAGGGGCAAUCCAGUUUCCACUGUUAGGAACAUCUCUCUCAAUUCUCCUCUCACAUCUCUUCAUUCUCUCACAAUACAGUUAUCAUCCAUCUUUGUUUAAGAGGUUUUCCCAGAGUUAUCACGCAAAUCUAUCCUUUGUCUCCCACAGUCUAUAACACUUAUAUUGACUGUGAACUGUACUAAGACAUGUGCUGGGUUACUAAUAUGUUAUGGGUGUAAUACAGAAUAGUUCAACUGAGAGCCAUAUCUUCUUUGCUUGAUUCAAAAUAAAAGGAGUUAUUAACUGAAGAGUCAUUUUUCAGGCUUUUUCUUUUACACAUAAUACAUAUAAGGAGUGAAAAAGUAAGGUUAGUGUUAUAAUGCAUAAUGGGAUAUCAUCUUUUACCUAUUAGGAUGGGGAUUUGGAAAUUAAAAUGAAACUGAAAAUAAAAGAAUUGGUAAUAA